AUUCCAUGGCAAAGUAAUGCAAAACAUCAGGGGUAUGAUGGUGGCUUGUGUCACAACAUAAAAUACAUCAGUAGAUUACAAAAUAUUUGCUUGUAUCUGUUUUUUUCCUGUGUGUGUAUGUGCACUUAUUUGUUAGGAUUACAGGCCAACUCUAAUUACAGGAUAGUUAGCUGAAUGAGUGUGUAUGGGAAGGUGUGUCUUUUUUUCACGGGUGUGGCUAGAAGGCAGACCUGGCUGAACUUGGUCUCCUAAACCUGUGCCUUAUUGUGCAUUUCUACUCUGUAACCUGUGGCAGUCUCACCAGCAGCCUGGAACCUGUAGAACAUGUUAGGUCUGGUCAAGCUGCCUCCCGUCUUCAAUGUACACCAAGUGCCUAAAGACUUUCAGGAGGACUGUAUUAUCUCUGGAUAUCGUCACCCUCGCAGCUCUGCUACUGACUGCCUCCUCAGCCUGUUCCAGCUCACCAAUGAGACUCUCAAUAUCUGGACGCACUUCUUACCUACCUGGUAUUUUCUAUACAAGCUGUUGACGGUGAUCUUCAUACAGGAUGUGUGGACCGAUGCGUACACAUGGCCACUGUUGGUAUUCCUGCUGUCCUGCUGCAUGUACCCGUUGGCAUCCAGCUGUGCUCACACAUUCAGCACCAUGUCCACACGUGCCCGCCACAUCUGCUACUUCUUUGACUAUGGAGCUCUCAGUGUAUACAGCUUGGGUUCAGCUAUUGCCUACUCUGCAUACAUUGUGCCAGAUGCAUGGGUGAACAGUUUGUUUCACGUAUAUUAUGUUCCUGUGGCAGUACUCAACACUGUGCUAUCCACUACCAUGGCCUGUUACUCCAGGCUUGGCUUCCCUCUACACACUAACCCUGACACUGUGAACAGAUUUGCCGAAGACAAGAGUCUCAGGUUGGCCAAAGUGCUACGGGUUUUAGCCUUCACCUACCCCUACCUGUUUGACAACAUUCCUCUCUUCUAUAGGAUCUUCAUGUGUGUGGGAGAAGGCUGCACUGCAAAUAAAGUAAACUCUCUCCACGUUUAUCACAUACUCCUGGCUUUCCUCACAGGCUUUCUGUUUGCCACACAUCUGCCCGAGAGGCUGGCACCGGGACGUUUCGACUUAGUAGGCCAUAGCCACCAGCUGUUCCACGUGUGUGGGGUUAUUGCCACACACUUCCAAAUGCAGGCCAUAGAGAUGGACAUGACUCUGAGACGGCCAUGGCUGCAUGAUCACGGCCCUGACAUUACCUUCAGAGGGACUCUGGGAGCCACCAUGCUGUCCACGGUCAUUAGCCUGGGCAUCAUCUGCCUCUUCAGUUAUCCUCUCUUUCAAAGCCCUUUUUGGGGAAAAGCAACCAGAGAAGGGUCUGGUGCAGCAAAGAAGAAAUGAGGGCACCAACUAGAGCUUUCUGAAUGCUCACUGGAAGUUUGGACAUGAACUAAUGGAGAAUUACAGCAAGAAGAAUGUUUUGGCUUAAUGCAUAAGA